ACCCCCGCCCCUUCCUUCCUUUCCUUUCCAGGCUCUGCUGAGUGGGAAAGGCCCCUCCAUCCUUCCAUCCCUCCUUCCAUCCCAGGGACCCCCCUCUCGCUUUCCUUCUUUCCUUGCUUUGCCUGCCUUCCAUGAUGUCCCUGGUGCUCUUGUUCUGCUGCUGCUGUGGAUGCUGCCUCUUGGGGUUCUCCUCCGGGACGGGGUUCCUCUACCAGUUCCCGGCCCACGGGUUCCCCGAGCAGGCAGGCCCCUCCUCGCCCGGAGCCCCCCCAGGACGGCACUGGUGCCACUACACAGUCUCCCGGACGGUGUCCUGCCAGGUCCAGAAUGGCUCCGAGACGGUCAUCCAGAGGGUCUACCAGAGCUGCCGGUGGCCAGGACCUUGUGCCAACUUAGUCAGGACUCUCAUCAGGCCCACGUAUAAGAUCUCUUACAGAACGGCCACGGCCCUUGAGUGGCGAUGCUGUCCUGGCUUCACAGGAAGCAACUGCGAGGAAGAAUGUAUGAAUUGCACAAAACUCACAGAUAUGACGGCGAGGCUGAACACCCUCGAAACAAAGAUCCUCCUGCUUGAGGCUGCGGAGAGAGCUCGGCCGUCAGGGAACGACCUUCCUAUGGCAAGGACGACAGCGACAUGGUACGACGACUUGGUGCCGGACGCCAUUCCUCUGGCCAACCCGGGGACCGUGCUGAGGAAACCCAUGGGACCUAUAGGGCUCCCGGGACCGGUUGGGAAACCAGGAUCUCAAGGCCCCAAAGGCGAGAAAGGAGAGAACGGCGAGAGAGGGCUGUCCGGAUCACCAGGUGUGCUUGGACCUCCAGGACCGAGAGGAUAUCCGGGCGAGACGGGGAUCCCAGGACCCCCUGGACCUCCGGGUCCUCAAGGCCAAGCCGCGUCUCCCAGCCUGCCUUUGACAUUCCAGCAGGGAGUCCUGUACUCGCUCCAACCCAAUGCGGAGAAAGAAAAUGGCGAGGCUCAACUGGCGUCCACCGUCAUCGACACUAUCCUGGCUGGUUUGCCCGGGCCUCGGGGUGCUCCGGGCCCCAUUGGACUGCCAGGCCCACCUGGAUCUUUGGGACCCAAAGGGGCGCCAGGACCUGUCGGACCACCUGGGCUCCAGGGCAUUCCUGGUUCUGCCGGACAACCUGGCUCCAAAGGAUCCAAAGGAGACCGAGGUGAAAGGGGGCAAGUGGGUCCGACCGGCGAAAGAGGACUUAAGGGAUUCCCUGGUGAACCUGGCAAGAAAGGUGAAGAAGGAGAGAAAGGCACCGAUGGAGAAGGUGUUCAGCAACUUCGAGAAGCCCUGAAGAUUUUAGCUGAGCGAGUGUUGAUUCUUGAGCACAUGAUUGGCAUCCAUGAUGCUUUGUCUCCCGUUGAACCAGGCUCUGGGCAAGAGGGGCUCCUGGGGGCCCCACUCCGAGCGAACGCCAAGAUCAAGCGGCGCCAGCUGAGUCAGCUCCUCUCUUCCCUGAUGGAGGACGGCGAGAGCAACGGAAAAAGCCGCGGGAGGAAUGAAGGCUGGAGAGACUGAAAACUAUGCUUACUCCUGACCGAGAUCCCUGCAGUCAGAAGGAUGGAACGCAUGUCGGAUUUUCCUUGAACUCCCAACUCUUUCCAAAAGACAGACUUACACGUAAUACGCCUCCUGUCUCUGUUUCGUCCUUCUCGGGAGGCCAUCAUCCAGGUCCAGUAGCACAGAGAUUUAUUUUUAGUACAGUUAUUAAGGUACCAGCAUGGUGUUUUGGAAAGCACUGCGGUUAAAGCUACCUGCGCGUCCCUUCUUCCAGAAAAUUUCUGGUUGCCUGAUGAGGAACUCUUUUUCCGCAAUGUCUGAUGUCGGACCUAUUUUUAUAUUCUAGGGAUGGUGUACGAAGUGUCCCCAAAUUCUUGCUCUUCUGGUCUCUUCAUUAGUAAACAAAAUGUUGUCACAA